CUUGAAAUCUUGAAAUGGAUGCCACAGAGUUUCGAAAAAGAGGAAAAGAGAUGGUGGAUUACAUUGCAGAUUACAUUGAGAAGAUAGAGAAACGACAGGUCUAUCCUGAUGUAGAACCAGGGUACCUGAGAGCCCUCAUCCCAGAAUCUGCUCCCGAAAAACCUGAGAGUUUUGAAGACAUCCUUAAAGAUGUUGAAAGAAUAGUUAUGCCUGGGGUGACUCAUUGGCACAGUCCCUACUUCUUUGCCUAUUUUCCUUCUGCCAACUCUUUCCCAGCUCUUUUGGGUGAUAUGUUAUCUGGGGGCAUAGGAUGCAUUGGAUUUUCAUGGGCUUCAAGCCCAGCUUGUACUGAAUUGGAAACAGUCAUGCUGGAUUGGCUAGGAAAGAUGAUCAAUUUGCCUCCACAAUUUCUGGCUGGGAAGGAUGGAGAGGGAGGUGGGGUAAUCCAGGGAACUGCCAGCGAAGCUACCUUGGUUGCACUGCUUGCGGCUCGAACCAAAGCAAUCCAUCGUGUUCAGUUAGAAAAUGAAAAUCUGACUCAGGGAGAGAUCAUUGGCCGGCUGGUAGCUUAUACCUCUGAUCAAGCUCAUUCAUCAGUUGAAAAGGGUGGCUUGAUUGCUGGAGUGAAAAUUAAACAAGUCUCCACAGAUGACUCAUUUUCUGUACGUGGGUCAACUCUAAGAAAGGUUCUAGAUGCAGAUAAAGCUGCUGGUCUCAUCCCAUUCUUUUUUUGUGCAACUCUUGGAACCACGACGUGCUGCUCCUUUGACAAUCUGCUAGAACUGGGUCCUAUUUGUAAUGAGGAAAAUAUUUGGAUGCAUAUUGAUGCAGCCUAUGCUGGGAGUGCUUUCAUCUGCCCUGAAUUUCAUUACCUUCUCAGUGGAGUAGAGUUUGCGGAUUCAUUCAACUUUAACCCUCACAAGUGGCUCCUAGUGAACUUUGAUUGUUCUACUAUGUGGGUGAAGAAGAGAUCGGAUUUAACAUGUGCCUUUAAAAUAGAUCCUGUUUACUUGAAGCAUGAUCAUGAUGAAUCUGGAUGCAUUACAGAUUACAGGCACUGGCAGAUUCCUUUAGGCAGAAGAUUCCGUUCCUUGAAAAUGUGGUUUGUGUUCCGAAUGUAUGGUGUAAAUGGAUUACAAGAAUACAUCCGCAAGCAUGUUAGGAUAGCACAUGAAUUUAAGGACCUAGUGCUUCAAGAUGAUCUCUUUGAAAUUUGUGCUGAUGUGAUACUGGGACUGGUAUGCUUCCGGUUAAAGGGCAGUAAUGAACUUAAUGAAGUGCUUCUUAAAAAUAUAAAUGAUGCCAGGAAGAUUCAUCUUGUUCCAUGUCGCCUGAGAGGAAAAUUUGUGCUGCGUUUUGCAAUUUGUGCCCGCACAGUGGAGUCUUCUCAUAUCCAGUUUGCCUGGAAGCACAUCACAACAGUGGCAAGUGAGCUUCUGAAAACACAAAAACAGUCAGAGUAAUGGCUAAAAGACAAAGGGCUGGAUUCAACUCCAAAUUUAAAGAAUGGUGUAUGUUAUGUCUUGUCUGAUACUUGCAAAACUACCAGAAACAUACAGUGCUGUAAUCAGUUUGAGUUUAUAGGUAAGAGCAUAAUACAGGUGGUCCUCAUUUAAUGAGCACUCAUUCAGUGACAUUUGAACUUACACUGGCACUAAAUGAGUGGUAGUUAUGACCAGUCCUCACAUUUAUGUCCAUUGCAGCAUCCUGCGAUCAUGUGAUUGCCAUUUGCAACCUUCUUUGCCUGCUUCCCACAAGCAAAGUCAGUGGGGAAGCCGGCAGGAGGCUGCAAAUGGCGACGACGUGACAUCUUCACUUAACUACCUUUAAUGAUUUGCUUAACAAUGGCAACCGGAAGUGCUGUUGCUAAGUGGCACAGUCAUGUAACGUCACACUUGACAAGCACGUCGCUUAGUGACAAUAAUUCCUGUCCCAAUUACCAGCAUUAAGUGGGGACUACCUGUAUUGGCCUUUUCUCAAUCAGACCAUGAAUCAUUUUGUCCACUUCUUCCAUUUUUGGUUUAAAAGAGCACCCAACUUGAUGCUUCUGAGAGCUGCCAAACAAGCCCUGACAAUUAUGACCUCCUCCUGUUUGGCCUCAGCACCUUCUGUGUCCUGGUUGUUGGUAGAACAUAAACACAAGAAUAAAUCUGCCUCCAAGAAUCUGUCUUUUAGGCCAUGCAAAUCAGUGAUCAUUCCCAUGGUUUGUGGCAGAUGAAACAAAAGUAUGAAGAUCAGCACUGUGGGGUUAAAGGUUGCCCAGCUAGAGCACUCUCUGUUUGCACUUGGUGUAGUGCAGCAAUUAUUUUUUUUUAAAAAAAAGACAUUUGUGGGGAAGGGAGGCAAUGCUACUGUUGCUUUUCUGAUAAGCCAUCCACCUCACUAACAUUGUUUUGUGAUUUUCAUCUCAUGGAGCCUCCAAAUAUUUUCAGUUUUUCUUUCUUCCUUUCUACCACUCUUCUUUUCUUUUCCAAAAAAAACUCAUCCUGAGAAAAAAGAAAAAAAUCUGGGGUUUUAUUGCUGCCUCUUAUUAAGUUCAGUUUUUUAAGCAAAUACAAAUAGACUUGAGAUGAACAGUAAUUAUUUCAGGACCAUUUCUUGGAUUAAGAAAUCUUUAGAUCCAACAAAUGUGAAUAAUAGUUGGAGUAAAAUUAUGUAACCUUGACCAACCACACUUUCUCUUCUUGACAUUAUAGCUUUGCAAGUAUAGACAACCUAUUGAUGACACAUUU